AGGGAAGUUGAAGUGAAAGAUGUGUUCAGCUCGGAUGGUACAAAAUUGACUUACAAUAUAGAAGAGAAGAGUAGGGUUAUCGGACAGUGCCUUUCUAUCUCUGUCGGCCCGAAGAAAAAGGGUGACAAAGUGGUCAUUAAAGUCGAAUAUGUAACCUCACCGGAUGCCUCUGGAAUACAGUGGUUGCUGCCAGCAAAUACUGCUGGCAAGAAAUAUCCCUAUCUGUUCACACAGAACCAGGCCAUUCAUGCGCGCUCAAUGUAUCCGUGCCAAGACACACCGCAGGCGAAAAUUACGUACACAGCAUCCGUCACCGUGCCUGACCCGCUCACUGCUCUUAUGAGUGCCGCGCAUACCGGAAAGAAAAGCGGUACAGAUGGGAAGACAACCUUUACAUUCGAGCAGAAGAUUCCUAUGCCCACAUACUUAGUUGCUCUCGCAGUCGGAGAUAUUGUUGGCAAGGAGAUAGGACCCCGGACGACACUGUACUCCGAACGAGAAAUGAUUGAUGCCGGUGCCUAUGAAUUUGCUGAGACUGAGAGCUUCUUGUUAGCUGGGGAGAAAAUCUGUGGCCCAUACGUAUGGGGCCGAUAUGACAUCCUCCUCCUACCCCCGUCAUUCCCAUAUGGUGGUAUGGAAAAUCCAUGCUUGACUUUCGUAACGCCUACCUUGUUGGCGGGUGACAGGAGUCAGGCGAAUGUUGUUGCACACGAAAUUGCACACAGUUGGACCGGUAACUUAGUGAGCACGAACAAUUGGGAGUGCUUCUAUGUUAACGAAGGCUUUACCGUGUGGCUCGAGCGAAAAAUUCUGGCGGAGAUCUUCGACGAACAUUUCCGGUCCUUCCAUGCCUUGUUGGGGCUACAGCAUCUGCAGGACGAUAUCGAUCUGCUAGGUGAAACAAACCCUCUCACGGCGUUGGACAUCAAAUUGGGCACAGAUAUUAGUCCCGAUGAUUCCUUCUCCUCAGUGCCAUACGAGAAAGGUAGUGCUUUCCUAUUUUAUCUCGAAACACUCGUGGGAGCUGAACCAUGGGGUGAAUUCUUCAAGGCAUAUAUUAAGGAGUUCUCGUACAAGACCGUGACCACUAAACAGUGGACGGACUACCUCAAGGCGUACUUAGAGAAGAAGAAUCUCUCGCACACUCUGAAAGAGGUGGAUUGGAAUGCGUGGCUGAAUAAUCCUGGAAUGCCACCCGUCACCGUCCCUCGCGACAUGGUCAUGUACAACGCCGUAGAAGCCUUUAGAGUGUACUGUGAAGAGCUCAAGAAAGAGAACAGAUCUGAGCUCGAGUCGUGCACCUUAGCCGAUGACUUUGUUGCCUUGCAAUGGGUUCUUCUCCUUAACGAAUUGCGUGCGAACUCCGACAAGCUGAGUCUGUCUUUAGUACGAGCGCUUGAUAGCAGAUAUAAUCUCAAUGCUGUGCAUAACAGUGAAAUUCGGUUCGUAUGGCAAUUGCUUUGCUUGAAGCUAGGUGACGAGAUAGUGUUCCCACAGGUCAUCAAAUUUAUCACCGAGCAAGGUCGUAUGAAGUAUGUUCGACCGUUAUAUCGUGCACUGGCCAAAUGCUCGCCUGCAGGUGAAGAGUUGGCAUUAGAAACCUUUAAGAAGCACAAGAAAUUCUACCACAACACUGCCGCUGCUAUGGUGGCAAAGGAUCUGCGUCUCUAAAGGGGAUAUAGAUAUAGCAAAUUAACUAUAAGCUAGCCAGAUUAAGAGAAUAUUGUCGAGGUUAGUGACAAUCGUGCCAUUGCUGUUGCUUUUAAUUUGGUCAGACGAAUUAACGAGACAUGCCCAUAGCAAGAGAAAGGCAUCUUCUUUAUAUUUUCCUGUCGAGAAAGAGGUGCUUAAUUCUUGCAACAGCACAUAUAGUAUAUUGGACGCGUUGGCAAUAAUAAUAGUCACUUUUCACAACCUAAAUAUACGAAUUGCCUUGGCAGCAUGUCACAUGACUCUCUGCAAUUUGAAGUAAAUAGUUGGAACAGACAAUCGUGAGUUCGUGACAUUACUGUUGCUUCUAUUUUGAAGCUAAUCAGACGAAUUACGAGACAUGCCCAUGAU